AUGUCGAAUGUUCAAUCUCAAUCAAAUAGCCAUCAUCCAGUUCAUAAUAUUGUAAAUAGAUCACCAACUAGUAGAAGUGAACAACAAAUUAGAUCAAUCCCACCAACAAAUAAUAAUAAUAAUAAUAAUAAUAAUAGUAUUAAUAAUAUUAAUAAUAAUACACAAAGACAACCUUUAAAUAAUAAUAAUAAUAAUAAUAAUAAUAUUAAUAGAAAUAAUUCAAAUUUAUAUCCAUCAUAUGCAGAUCAACCAGAUAUAUUAAGAUCAUCACAAAAAGAUGAAUAUUAUAAAAAAUUAUUUGAAGAUCAAUGUUUUGAAAUGUUAACACGUAUUACAGGACCAAGAUUUAUAAUGAAUAGACAAAGUGAAUCUAAACUAUUAGCAAAUACAAUUUAUUAUUUAUUAACAACAAUGAUUGGUUCUCAAACUUUAGGUGAAGAAUAUUGCAACUUACGUAAAAUUAAAGAUAAAACAUUUUCAAUACCUUCAAUACCUGAUAGAAUAAAAUUAUAUUUUUUUCAUUUAUUAGCACCUUAUUUAAUAAAGAAAUCAUUACCAAAAUUAUUUCAACGUCAUCCAAAAUUAUAUAUUUUAAAAGAGAUAUUUCCAAAAUUUGAAAGAUUACAUUUAGCAUUAUUCUAUUUCAAUGGUUCUUAUUUUGAAUUCUCAAAGAGAUUAUCAGAUAUACGUUAUAUAUUCAAUCGUAAAAUUGACCAAAAGAGACCAAAAUAUGAUAUAUUAGGUUUAUUAAUUAUUAUUCAAAUAUUAUUAUCAACAUUUAUGUAUUUAAAAGAGAAUUCUUUCUUUUUAAAACAACAACAAAAAGAUGGUGGUUGUAAUGGUGAUGGUGAAGAAGAUAAUCAAGAUUUAAAUAAAGAUAUUAAAAUUGAACAAGUUGAUAGUGUUAUAAAUAAUAAUAAUCAAGAUCAAAAUAAUAAUCAAGAAGAGGAAGAGGAACAAAAGUGUACAUUAUGUUUAGAAGUUAGAACUCAUACAACUGCAACAAUUUGUGGUCAUUUAUUUUGUUGGCAUUGUAUUACUGAAUGGUGUAAUAAUAAAGAACAGUGCCCAGUUUGUCGUUGCCCCAUUAGUAUCAGGACCUGUGUUCCUUUAUAUAAUUAUUAA